CCAGACAGCCAGCAGGCUCUCGCUUCCGACGUCGACGGUCGACGCAGUUUACACAGUCCGCCGCGGCGAAGGCGAUGGAGGCGCUGAACAUGAAGGUGCUGACCCUAUCGUCGCAGCCCCUCAGGCACCUCCUCCGCCUCGCCGCUUCCUCCCGCACCCCCAUUCGCCCCAACCUCUUCUUCCUCCGCUGCUCCUCCUCCUCCUCCUCCCCCUCUCCCGCCGCCGCCCCCGCCGCCGCCGCCGCCGCCUCCGGCCGAGGCCGCCGGGCCGCGUCCUCCUCCUCUUCCACCUCCGACAAAGCCGUCCGCGCCAUUCGCUUGAAAAAGGUGGAAGAAUUGAGGGAGAAAGGUCUCGAGCCCUACGCCUAUAAGUGGGAUAGGACUCAUUCAGCUAGUCAGCUCCAAGAGAUAUAUAAGCAUUUAGCCAAUGGCGAAGAGUCGAGCAGCGAGAAAGAUCAAGUGUCCAUAGCUGGGAGAAUAACUGCGCGCCGGCGUUUGGGGCUCGCCUUUUUGACCCUCCGAGAUGAUUCUGGAACAAUUCAGCUUUACUGCGAGAAGGAGAGGCUGUUAAAUGAUCAGUUUGAGCGAUUAAAGACCCUUGUAGAUAUUGGUGACAUAGUGGGUGCAAAUGGAACUAUAAAGCGGACAGAGAAAGGUAUACGAUGAUUCCUCUUGGAGCUUUCCGUGUGUGUCAACACUUUUGCAAUUCUUACCAAAUCCUUACUUCCGCUUCCUGAUAAAUAUCACGGAUUAACAGAUGUGGAUAAGCGCUAUCGCCAACGGUAUGUGGAUAUGAUUGCAAACCCGGAAGUGGCUGACAUUUUUCGUAAAAGAGCGAAGAUUGUUUCAGAAAUCCGCAAGGCAGUUGAAUCUGCGGGUUUUGUUGAAGUUGAGACGCCGGUCUUACAGGGAGCAGCUGGUGGAGCGGAGGCCAGGCCAUUUGUUACAUACCACAAUUCUCUUGGAAGGGAUCUCUACUUGAGAAUUGCGACUGAGCUCCAUUUAAAAAGAAUGCUGGUUGGUGGAUUUGAAAAGGUAUAUGAAAUUGGUCGAAUUUUUAGAAAUGAAGGCAUUUCAACUCGCCAUAAUCCAGAAUUUACCACCAUAGAGAGUGUUGCGGCGAUUAUAUUUGGGGACGGCUCAGAAUCGAGACUUUAUCCGUUGACGAAGAGGAGAUCAGAAGGGGCAAUACCGAUAGCGGCCAACUACAGGCUCAUUGAUGCGGUAGUGAGCAACUGCAUCAACAGCAGCAUAAGCAAAAUAUACGCUCUCACCCAAUUCAAUUCCACAACCCUGAACUCGCACCUCUCGAGGGCUUAUUCUGGCGCUGGCCUUGGGACAGAAGGCUUCGUUGAAGUGAUCGCUGCCUACCAAAGCCUCGAAGACCAGCGAUGGUUUCAGGGGAAUGCUGAUGCUGUGAGGAGAUGUCUGUGGGUGCUUGAAGAGUAUCCAGUCACUGAAUUUCUGAUCCUUCCAGGCCAUCUUUACCGGAUGGACUACCGGGAACUUGUGGAGUUGCUGGGAAGCGAGGCCGAUAUAACCGUCGCGGUCCUGAAUGCUGCUUGGGACCAAGCAGGUUUUGGCUCUUUGAAGAUAAAUGAUGAGAAUAGAGUGGUAGAUCUCAAAGACAAGUCAACUGGAAAUCCCAACUGUCAAAACACAUUUGAUUGCCAUUGGUUCUCAAGCAUGGGAAUAUAUCUCAUCAACAGAGAUGCCAUGAUAAAGCUUCUAAAAGAGAGUUUCCCUGGCGCGAAUGACUUUUCCAGUGAAGUGAUACGAGGCGCGAUAUCCACUGGAAUGAAGGUUCAGGCAUAUCCAUUCGAUGGAUAUUGGGAGGAUAUGAGAAGCAUCGGAGCGUUUUACCAGGCAAAUAUGGAGAGCACAAAGAAAUACAACAGGGGAUUCAAUUUCUUUGAGAGGGACUCUCUCUUGUACACACUGCCUCGGUCCCUGCCUCCGAGCGUCGUGACAGAUUCAGUAAUCACAGAAAGUAUCAUCGGAGACGGUUGCAUACUCAAUAGAUGCAAAAUAACAGGAGCCGUAGUUGGUAUGAGGACAAGGAUCGAAGACGGGGCGGUUAUCGAGGACUCGGUUAUCAUUGGGUCUGACAUCUAUCAAACAGAUGUUCCAGGGAAUUCUGGGGAUGGGAAGUGCAUGAGUGUACCGAUCGGCAUUGGGGAAAAUGCACGCAUAAGGAAAGCUAUAGUUGAUAAGAAUGCGAGGAUUGGCAAAAAUGUAACGAUUGUUAAUCCAGAUAACGUCAGAGAAGGUGACAGAGAAGACCAGGGAUAUGUGAUUCGCGAUGGAAUAGUGGUUGUUCUUCGCUGCGCGGUUAUUCCUGAUGGCAGUAUUUUGUGACCCACGGAUGGUGAACUACCGUUUCUGCAAGUUGCUCAAUGAAGUACCUUUUCUGCAAGUUUCUCAAUGAUCGCCGAUAUCUCAGAAAGUGCAAAAUUAAUCUCUUCUAUAGAGGCACAUUGCUCUCUCUCUAGGAGAAAACCAUGUGGUUUUCUACUUGUCUAGGAAUAAAAUUCUCAAUGCAAAUAAUGAUCCAUAAGCAUCUUGGU